CAUUGAUUUAUAUUAUGCAUAAAAAGUUGACGCAAUGAUUUGUACAAUUACGAGAUGGUAUAUAUGGCAUAUAUAUCGCUAAAAAUUCUUUUUUUCAUUAAGAAUAGAUUGGGUGCAAAAUAACAUUAUACUAUGUACGUUUAUAAGGAUGACAAUUUCUAAUAUCAUGCUCCCAAUAAGAUGAAGAACCACAGCUUUCGAAUUGCACAUAGUUCAAAUAAUUUAAUUGCUGCCGGACAAUAAUCAAUUCGUAAUAAUAAAAACGAUCUUGCUGGUAAUACUGUAUUGAAAAAUUCACAUUGUUACAAAAAAUGGUACUAUCACACAAAGAGUAAGAAAAGCCACAAUAUAAAAAGAUACAUUUCAUAUUUAUGUGCAUAUGUAAUACACAUUUUUGGUGAUCGUGUUCAUUUGUUUGGAUAAGUUUUUUAAUGUUCGGCUAGAAAAAAGUAAAUAUGUACCAACUUUAAGUGCGUAAAAUGUGUGCAAAAAGAUACAUAGUUCCUGCGUGGUCAGGAGACGGCCAUCUUUGAGUUCAACAAGAUUGUCUAAAUUUACAAACAAUACGGAAGUCAUUUUAGUUAAUAUUGUCAUCGAAAAAGCGAACUCAAAACAAAAUAAUAAUAACAAAACUCAAGGCCAAGUGGUAAAGAAUACAUCCAUAUAUAUAUAUAUACAUAUAUAUCAGAACAGAAAGUACCUUUUCGAGAGUAAAUAAAACAUCGGAGAAUUUUAUAAUGGAGGCCCUUGACGUUGCUGCUUUUGAUGUAACUGAUAAAGAUAGCUGGUACUUUGGCCCCAUGUCCCGCCAAGAUGCGACCAAAAUAUUGAUGAAUGAACGUGAGCGCGGUGUUUUCCUGGUGCGCGACAGUAAUUCGAUUAUUGGUGACUACGUGUUAUGUGUAAGAGAAGACACAAAAGUAAGCAACUACAUUAUAAACAAGGCUCAGCAAAACGAUCAAAUUGUUUAUCGUAUUGGAGAUCAGUCAUUUGAAAACUUGCCAAAACUUUUAACAUUCUAUACGUUACAUUAUUUGGAUACCACACCAUUGAGGCGGCCAGUUGCUAAAAAAACUGAACUUGUUAUAGGGAAAUUCGAUUUUGAAGGAAUGGAUCAAGAUGACCUGCCAUUUCGCCGUGGAGAAGUACUGACCGUUAUACACAAACAUGAAGAUGAAUGGUGGACAGCUAAAAAUGCAAUGGGUAAAAUUGGUCAAAUACCUGUUCCCUAUAUUCAAAAGUACGAUGAAAGCUCUGAAGACAAUUUUAUCGAGCGACCAUCAUCUGGUAACGGGAAUAAUUGCGGCAGCUCAAACAAUAUCGUCAAACAAUCUAGAACUUUGCCAAGCAUGGAGAAUGUUCCAGUAAUUUUACAAAAAUCGGACCUCAAUCGAAAACUGCCGGCUUAUGCUCGUGUGAAACAGGCUCGUGUUCCCAACGCCUAUGAUAAGACCGCUUUAAAACUAGAAGUCGGAAAUAUUAUUAAAGUUACCAAAAUGAAUAUCAACGGACAAUGGGAAGGUGAAUUAAAAGGGAAAAAAGGCCAUUUUCCAUUUACCCAUGUGGAAUUUGUUGAUGAUUGCGAAUUAAAAGCUAAUAAUCAAACUUUUUCUGAGCAAACAGAAACACAUGAUAUUAAAUAAUGGUUCAAGUAAAAAAAAAAAAACGAAAAUGAAUAUAUAAGGCGAUAUUUCAACAAUUGUAAAGUUUCAUGU